AUGGACGAAAAUUCAGCUAUGAUCAAGCAAAUUCUUAGAGAAUUUGAAAACGAAGACGGAAAAAACGACGACUUCAACGAAUGGCAAACUGUGUCGUAUUCAAAACAGAAUUGGAAGCCUUCGAAGCCUUUUCCGCCUGGUGGUUUUUUUGAUCUUUACAAUGGCGGCGUCUCCUCCGACAUUUUCAGCUCGAUCGAGAAACAUUCUGAGGAUCACCGUCGUCGCGCAGCCAAAGCUGCUGCGGCGGCGGAAGUAGAGGCUGCGGUUUCUUCUGCUGUUUCUAAUGGAGUGAAUGUUGAUGAUAAAGAUGAUAGUGACACCGAUGGUGUGGAGGAGAACGGUGCUGUGGAAAUUAAGAAGGUGAAGCCGAAGAAGCCGAAGAAACCGAAUGUGACUGUGGCUGAAGCUGCUUCGAAGAUCGAAGCCGGUGAUCUUAGUGCUUUUCUUAUUGACAUCACUAGAUCUUAUGAGACCCAACAAGAUAUACAAUUAAUGAGAUUUGCUGAUUACUUUGGAAGAGCAUUUCCUUCAGUGAGUGCAGCGCAAUUCCCCUGGUUAAAGCUUUUCAAAGAAUCUACCGUUUCGAAAUUAGUUGAUAUUCCGCUUUCGAAUGUACCGGAAGAUGUCUAUAAGACAUCGGUUGAUUGGUUGAACCGGAGAUCUUUGGAUGCCUUAGUAUCGUUUGUGUUAUGGUCAUUGGACAACAUACAGGCUGACCUUGCUAGUCAUCAAGUAGCUACUAAGGGAUCAAAGAAAGUCCCCCCAGCCAGCACUAUCAAAGUUGCUAUAUUUGUGGUCCUAUCCAUGGCACUAAGAAGAAAGCCUGAUGUUUUGAUUAGUUUGGCACCAAAGUUGAGGGAAGAUCCAAAAUAUCAGGGACAGGAUAAAUUGCCUAUCACUGUGUGGAUGAUUGCUCAGGCCACACAAGGAGAUUUAGCUGUGGGCCUGUACAUGUGGGUACAUAUUCUGUUGCCUAUGCUGAGUGGCAAAUCAAGUUGUAAUCCUCAAUCUAGAGACUUGAUUUUGCAGUUAGUAGAGAGAAUAAUUUCCUGUCCGAAAGCUCGUCCUAUUUUAGUUAAUGGUGCUGUCAGAAAGGGAGAUCGACUGGUGCCACCUUCUGCUCUUGAUAUUUUGAUGAAACUCACAUUUCCAGCACCCUCAGCUCGUGUUAAGGCAACCGAGAGGUUCGAAGCUAUUUACCCUACUCUGAAGAAGGUUGCCCUUGUUGGUUCUCCUGGAAGUAAAGCAAUGAAACAAGUUGCCCAGCAGAUACUGAGCUAUGCUGUAAAAGCUGCCGGAGAAGGUAAAACUAAAUUCUUAGACUGCAUCUUAGACCCACCUGAAUUAUCUAAGGAAGCAAGUGAUGUUUUUAUUUGGUGUUUAACUCAAAAUCCUGAGUGUUAUAAGCAACAUGAUGUGCUUUAUCUCGAUAAUCUUGAUGCAAGUGUUGCUGUUUUGAGAAAGCUUGCUAAUGAAUGGAAAGAGCAUUCUGCGAAACAUUCUACAGUUGAUCCUUUGAGGGAAAUUUUAAAAAGUUUCAGGCAGAAGAAUGAGAAAGCAGAAAUCGAUGUAGAUGCAUCAUUGAAGGAGGCAGACAAGUACUGCAGGUUACUUCUAGGACAUUUUUCGAAAGGACAUGGAUGCUUGAAAGGUGCGUUAUUCGCCUCUAUUGCACUAGUCGCAGGUGUCGCUGUCAUGUCCCAAAAUGUCCAGUUUUUGAGCUUAGAUAAGUUGUCUGCAAUGUUUAAUCUAUCUUAGGCUUGUUUACUCUUGACCAAGGGUUACCAGCCUUAGGUUUAAAUAUGUUCACAAUAGGACCACAUCUUUGAGAUAUUUAGACAGAGGCUCGAGUGUUUUUUCAUGGUUGGUUAUUGAAUUCUUUUGGGUUUUUUUCUUCUCUUUUAUUUUUUUACUGAAAAAUCGGAACUCCGGCACCUGAAAUGCGUGUUGAUAACUUAGUAUGAUCCAUCUGGGUUUAUGAUGUUUCAAGUUGUUAUCCUUUCAUAAUGACUACUUAUAGUUGUUUGGUUU